AUGGAUUCGGAACCCAAGAAGGACGUCGAAGUCGCUCCGGCCCUCAUCGCCGUUCAUCCCGACCAAUGCUCCGUCGCCGUUGCCGUCGGGCAGCACCUCCGCGUCUUCGACCUCGCUGCCGGUGACGCAGCUUCCUUAACGGACGACUCCGACGCCGUUGCCUUCCACACUGAUAACAUCAGAGCCAUUUGCUUCGGCGCCAAAGGAAAACUAUUUGUAUCCGCCGGUGACGAUAAAACCGUCAAGGUCUGGUCAACACAGUCAUGGCGUUGCAUCACCACCGUGUCCUCUGAGAAGAGAGUAUCAGCAGUUGCAAUUAGCAACGAUGGAAACUUCGUUUGCUUCGCCGACAAAUUCGGCCUUGUUUGGAUUGUGGAUCUCGACCCUCCGUCACGCGAUAAGAAACCCUCACCUCUUCUUUCUCACUAUUGCAGCAUCAUCACUAGCUUGGAAUUUUCCCCGGAUGGUCGCUUUAUUUUAAGUGCUGAUCGUGAUUUCAAAAUUCGUGUUACUAAUCUUCCCAACAAGCCCUUAAAUGGAGCUCACCAGAUACAAAGUUUCUGUCUCGGUCAUUCAGAGUUUGUUUCCUGCCUGGCAUUUGUUCAGGGUCAGGAAUGCCCUGAAGGCCUUCUUCUGUCUGGCAGUGGUGAUUCUACAGUUCGAUUGUGGAAUGUCGACUCUGGAGCACUUUUUGAUACUUGUGAGGUUGCUCUUAAGGCAGGACUUUUAGAGGAUAAUGGCAAAGCAGAGGAGCAUGGUCAUGCUGUUACUGAUAUAUGCACCGUCCUUGAUGGUUUGCUUGUUGCAGUGGCCAUUCAGAGCUUGCAAGGAAUAAUAUUGCUGAGUUGCAAUGUUUCUGAAAAAACUCUUUCUGUUACCAAGGUGGUUUCAGUUGUUGGAGAGGCCUUUGUCCCUACCUGCUUGGGGAGCAGCCCCUCUACAGGAAAAUUGUGGAUGGUUACUGGUGUCUCAAGUUUACCUGGUUGUAGCUAUCCUGCGUUGGCUCGUGUUAGAGUAAUAUCUGAUAUAGAUAUUGAGCAAGAACCAGUUGUUCUGGGAGAUGAUAACAUACCUGGGGGAGAAAAGCUGCUAGAAACGUUGCAAGGAACUGCCUCUGUUGAUGACAAUGCUUUUUUAGCAGCAGCUGAAGCUGUCAAAACAGCUAUGUGCCACCUAUUGAUAAAAAAACAAUACCCUUCUGAGAAUAGAGAAUCUAGGAAGAAAUGCAGAAAUGAUAGAAAACUCAAGGGCUAG